CGAACCAGAAACCAAUAAACCCUAAAAUAUUGCUGUAAGCCUCGCUUGUUAACAAAGAAGAAGAGAAAGAGAGACUGAUCAAAGUAAAGAUCAUGUUGAGGCAAGGAUUGAAAGCCAAAUCAUCGUUUUGCUUUUGCAAUCUUAAAUUAAACCUACAUCAAUCUCGAUUCACUCCAACGCCGUCCCUGUUCCGCAUCUUCAGCUUCAUCCAUAGCGACAAUGGAGACGCCAGACGGCCACGAUUCAACUCUAGAGAACUACCCAAUCGCGAUAACGAUAACGACGGACGAAGACCCAGCUCCGGUUAUGAAUCAAAACAUCGAGGGUUACGUGAGGUAGAUGACGAAAUCAGUGGCUUGAAGACUCGUGUUUUACCUUCUGAGUCAUCUUCGACGGGUAGUCAGCUGGGACAGGAGUUUCUUGAGAAAUUCAGACUUGGGUUUGAUAAAGGUGAAAAAAAUGAUUCAAGGGUUUCAGAAACUUCUUCAAUUCUCAACGAGAACCAAGCUUCUCCUCCUCCUGAUGCAGAUGAAAUCUUCAAGAAAAUGAAGGAAACUGGUUUAAUUCCAAAUGCAGUAGCAAUGCUUGAUGGUCUCUGUAAGGAUGGGUUGGUUCAAGAAGCUAUGAAGCUGUUUGGUUUGAUGAGAGAAAAAGGGACUAUGCCUGAGGUUGUAAUAUACACUGCAGUUGUUGAAGGUUUCUGUAAAGCACAAAAACUGGAUGAGGCCAUGAGGAUUUUCAGAAAGAUGCAGAAAAAUGGAAUUUCACCUAAUGCAUUCAGCUACACAGUGUUCAUCAAGGGAUUAUACGAAGGGAAUCAGUUGGAAGAUGCUGUUGAGCUUUGUUUAGAGAUGUUGGAGGCUGGGCAUUCGCCAAAUAUGGCUACGUUUGUGGCCAUUGUUGAUUGUUUUUGUAGGGAAAAGGGUGUUGAAGAAGCUCAACGUGCCAUUGGAGAAUUGAGGCAGAAAGGAUGUUGUUUCGAUGAAAGAGCUGUUAAAGACUAUUUGGAGAAGAAAGGGCCAUACUUGGCGAUUGUAUGGGAGGCGAUUUUUGGGAAGAAGAAUCAGGAAAGGCCUUUCUGAUGUAAGUUUGUCAAUUGUUUGAUUUAAAGUUGAUGAUUUUGAUAUGGGCAAAAGACUGGUUGAUGAUAUUCUAUGGAGAGAAUGAUAAAAGUUUAGCUUCAUUUCAUAAUAAUUUUAUCCUAUUAGCUUACUUCAAUUUAGCCUGAUUA